AUGGCUUCGGCCUUAAUAAGAAAAGCAUUAAUUUCUAAUCCAAACGGUUUUCGUAAAGCUAUUGGAUUAUUUUAUAAUGCUAAUAGAAACCAUUGGAAUUAUCAAUACAAGCCAGGGCCAUAUCCAAGAACUCCUGAGGAGCGGGCUGCAGCUGCUAAAAAGUAUGGGUUGACUAUUGAGGAAUAUCAGCCAUAUCCUGAAGAUAUGUGUUAUGGGGAUUAUCCAAGAUUGCCUGACAUCGGUACAGACUCAAAAGAUCCAUACUAUCCAUAUGACUACCCAGAUUUGAAGAGGAAUUUUAAUGAACCAAUUCAUGCCAGACAAGAAAUAUUUGGGGAAGAUCGUUAUGAUAUUAGUAUGAGACCAAGGUUUCCUCUUUGGUAUCAAUGGAUGUGGUUCCUGGGUGUUGUAGGAGGAUCAUUUGCCCUUUACCUUUUCUUGGAAGACUACAAAUUCGGAAGACCAGUAACUGCUAAGCAGUAUCCACAAGAGGGGCCCCAUUAUCUGUUUUGUGCAAAGUAG